UCGAGACAUGGGGGAGGAGAAGGAGACGAGAGCGCCGGACGAGUCGAGGUUCAAAACGGUGUGCGUUUUCUGUGGAAGCAGCAUCGGCAAAAGACAAUCUUAUGGGGAUGCUGCACUUGAGCUUGGCCGAGAAUUGGUUUCGCGGAGCUUGGACCUUGUCUAUGGCGGAGGGAGCGUUGGAUUGAUGGGAUUAGUCUCUCGGGAGGUCCAUCGCGGAGGCCGCCGUGUUCUCGGGGUCAUUCCCAAAAGUUUGAUGUACGAAGAGCAGAUAAUCGGAGAGACGGUCGGGGAGGUCAAACUGGUCGCCGACAUGCACCAAAGGAAAGCAGAGAUGGCCCGCCAGUCUGACUGUUUCAUUGCCUUGCCAGGUGGGUAUGGAACUUUGGAAGAGUUGCUGGAGGUGAUUACGUGGGCCCAGUUGGGCAUCCAGGACAAGCCGGUCGGUUUGCUAAAUGUGGAAGGGUACUACGAUAGCCUACUCGCCUUCAUCGACAAAGCCGUGGACGAUGGAUUCAUCAAGCCCUGUGAGCGAAGCAUCGUCGUCUCCGCCCCGAGCGCUCGGGAGCUGCUUCAGAAGCUCGAGGACUACGUGCCCCGCCACAGUGUGGCGGUAGCGAAAGCGAGUUGGGAGGCUGAACAGGUUGAGUUGAACUCGGCCUUGCAGACCGAGAUCGCUCGUUGACAAGGACGUCAACUCAGUUGAUCUCGGACCUCGAAGAAGACGGAUCGACUGUAGUUAUUAAUAGU